AUGCCUCCUGUCACAGCUAUCCCCCACGGCCAGCAUGGCCCUUCCGUGUUCGACAAGUUCAAGAUGGGUGCCAUGAUGGGUGGAACUGUCGGUACCAUCAUGGGAUUAAUCUACGGAACCGUGAACGUCUUCCGCUACGGCGCUGGUACCAACGGAAUCAUGCGCACCCUGGGACAGUAUAUGGCCGCUUCAGGGGCCACCUUUGGUUUCUUCAUGGGCGUUGGCUCUGUGAUUCGAACCGAUGCGGACCCAAAGUUUAAUGAACUGUAUAUGCAAGCGCAACGACGUCCAAUUAUCUUGCGAGCGCACCCUGCAUGGAAGAGAGAUAUCUAG